CCUCGCAAAAGUGAUAUUCUUUUGCCUUUGGAGAUUUGCGAAAUUAUCCCAGGUCAAAAAUAUAAGCCGGAGCUUUCUUCAUUUCAACGUCAGGAGAUGAUCGAAAAAACUGCUGUUAAACCUAGCGUUAGAUUUAAUCAUCUGAUGAAUGCUUCAAGAGAAAUAUAUAAACAUCAGGCCGAUGAAAAUAUAGCUUCUAUCGGCAUGGAGGUGGAUAAAGAGUUUAUUAGACUCAUGGCUCGCGUCCUUCCACCGCCCAGAUUAAUCGAUCGAGAGAAUAGGCCGAUAAAUCCAACCUCGGGUGGUUGGGAUGUCAAAAGGUUUAUAAGGGGAACAAAUAUUUAUAAUUGGUCUGUUGUAGUAUUUGAGGAUAUGAAAAAAUUACCAAGGAAUGUAUUGCAGAAUGCAUUAAUUCAGCUGAUGGAAUCUCUCUCCCAGAAAGGACUUAAUAUCAUGAACAACCGCCCUCCAAUUUAUUAUGCCAAUCCUCAGGGGGAUUAUUUAAAAUCCCUUCUUAUUGGUUUCAACAAUGCAAGAAUCGAAAAAAGCAAAGCGCCGCAAUUAAUUAUCUGCAUUGUUCAAAAAAAAGUUAAGGUUGACACAGGGCUACAUCCAAUUAUCAAGAAAAUAUGCGGAGUAGAGUUGGGUGUAGUCACUCAAUGUAUCGUGGCAUUAAAUAUGGUAUCAGACAAGUGGAGAAGUAUUUGCGGUAACAUUGCUCUGAAGAUUAACGGCAAGUUGGGUGGCACGAACUCCACCUUACUCGAUCAUGAGUUGAAAUUCAAGACGACUACGACUCCAAUGGUUAUCGGGGCGGACGUUUUUCAUCCUAGUAAGGAUGACAAAAAAAGAGGUCGUCCUAGCGUGUCUGGGAUAUGCGCAUCUAUGGAUCCAGAGGUUACAAAAUAUAUUGCGCGUUAUGGAAUGAAUAGAACACUAAACAACGAGACCAUUGAAAAUCUGGAGGGGAUGAUUCGAGAAUUGCUCGAACAAUUUCGAAUACAAAACGACGGUGCGCUUCCGGAACAAAUUAUAUUUUACCGAGAUGGAGUCGCCGAAGGUCAAUUUCAAAUGGUAUUGGACGAAGAGGUUGCCGCUAUAAAGAGCGCGUCCAAGGAAGUAUACGGAUAUCGCGACCCACCAAAGUUGACAUUUUUAAUUGUUCAGAAGAGACAUCACGCCAGAUUUAUGCCGGUUAAUAAGGACGAUCGCGACCAAAACAGUGAAAAUUGUAAGCCCGGAACUGUGGUUGAUACAGAAAUUGUUGUACCACAGAAUUUUACAUUCUUUUUACAGAGUCACGCAAGUCCACUUGGGACAGCCAGAUCUGCCUACUAUCACGUAAUCCUUAAUGAAGGUAAUUUCUCGGCGGACGAGAUUCAAGAAAUCACGUAUAGGUUAUGUUUCUUAUCCGUGAGGCAAAAAAUUUUGUAG